GGGGUGCUUCGCGGCGGCGGGCGCAGUCUAAGGAUGGCCGCGGCCGCGGCGGGUGGAACCCCGGGCCCGACCCCCGGCCCCGCCGGGCCCCCGUCUCCCGCCGCGCCGCUUUCGGCCGCUCGGGCCCCGCCGCAAGCUCUGCGGAGGCGCGGGGACUCGCGGCGCCGCCAGGCCGCGCUCUUCUUCCUUAACAACAUCUCCCUGGACGGGCGGCCCCCGAGCCUGGGCCCCGGCGGAGAGAAGCCCUCGACGCCGCCCGCCGAGACCCGCGAGCCGCCAGCGCCGCCGCCGCCGGAGCCCCCCUCCGGCCUGCCUGGGCUGCCCGCCAGGACCCCCGCGCCCCAAGGCCUGCUCAGCCCCACGCAGGCGCCCGCCGGCCUCGGCUUGGAUGGGCAGCGCCAGAGGAGGCGAGUCACGUCCCAGCGCUGCUCCCUGGAGUUUCUGGAAGAUGCCGUGGGAUGUGCUCCAGCACAGAGAACCAAGCACACAUCUGGGUCACCAAGACACAAAGGCCUGAAGAAGACGCACUUCAUCAAGAACAUGAGGCAGUACGACACCAGGAACAGCAGGAUCGUGCUCAUCUGUGCCAAGCGGUCCCUGUGUGCGGCCUUCUCAGUCCUGCCCUAUGGCGAAGGCCUGCGGAUCAGUGACCUGAGGGUGGACAGCCAAAAGCAGAGGCACCCUUCCGGCGGCGUCUCUGUAUCUUCCGAGAUGGUCUUUGAGCUGGAAGGCGUGGAGCUGGGAGCAGAUGGAAAGGUUGUGUCUUACGCGAAGUUCCUGUACCCCACCAACGCCCUGGUCACACACAAGAGUGACAGCCAUGGUGUGCUGCCCACACCUCGGCCCAGCAUCCCCCGGCCUCUGCCAGGAUCAAAACACAAACCUGCCUCCACCAAGUCAGCACCAGCCAGCACAGAACUAGGGAGUGACAUGGGGGACACCCUGGAGUACAACCCCAACCUCCUGGAUGACCCGCAAUGGCCCUGUGGCAAGCACAAGCGUGUCCUCAUCUUCGCGUCGUACAUGACCACAGUGAUAGAAUAUGUGAAGCCCUCGGAUCUCAAGAAGGACAUGAACGAGACCUUCAGGGAGAAGUUCCCACAUGUCAAACUGACGCUGAGCAAAAUCAGGAGCUUAAAGCGGGAGAUGCGGAGCCUGUCGGAAGAGUGCAGCCUGGAGCCCGUGACGGUGGCCAUGGCCUACGUGUACUUCGAGAAGCUGGUCCUGCAGGGCAAGCUCAGCAAACAGAACCGCAAGCUGUGCGCCGGUGCCUGCGUGCUGCUGGCCGCCAAGAUCAGCAGCGACCUGCGCAAGAGCGGCGUGAAGCAGCUCAUCGAUAAGUUAGAAGAAAGGUUUCGAUUCAACAGGCGCGAUCUGAUCGGGUUUGAGUUCACGGUGCUCGUGGCUUUGGAGCUGGCCCUGUAUCUCCCCGAGAAUCAAGUGUUACCUCAUUACCGGCGCCUCACCCAGCAGUUCUAGCAGAUGCGCCACGAAGGCUCAGGGCACCAGGCGCACUUGCUGGCCUGGGAGGUAUCCCAGCCACUCAAGCCCCACGCCGCCUGGCCUGCCAGCGCCCCCAGCACCCACUGCAGGAGGCACCUGGCCUCUGGCUGGCGAGGCUCUUCCUUUUGCCUUUUUCCUUGGAAAGGGACGUCACUGUCACCCCAGGUGCACCGCACCUCCAAGGAUACUUCUGAGAAUUCUGGAUUUUUACAUAAACUAAAUAUCAGUUUUGUUAUUUUUUUUCAUGUGCCCAAGACCAGCCUGGCACCAGGACCUUUGGUUCACAGCGUCUCUCACUGGCCUCGCCUCCUGCAAGCAACCACAGCCACCACAGCAUCAGGGUGGAGAGCUGGGUUUCUAGACCUCACUGAAUACACUCAGAUCGCCAAGUCUAACUGGAGAUUGUUUUUUCGGGUGUGGGUUCCCCAGCAGCGUCUCCCAACCCCGAAUGCAUCUGGCCCCCCUGCUGCCUGAAGCCAAGCUCCAGAGCUUUCUCCGCCCACCUCGCCUUGCCGAGUGUGGUUUCUGGCAUCCGGUUCAGCCAGCAGGAGCAGUCUCCGAACUCACCUUGACGUCAUUUUUGGACUCUUGGACCUGUUCAAGCAUUGUGUCACUGUGAAAUCCUGACACCCCGUGUCCUACAAACUGACGGCACGACAGACAGCUGCUGUCCCAUGCCAGGCCCCCUGUGCCUCACUGGGAGACACUCUGGGCCUCCAGAAGAAUUGCUGCUUGCCAGCUCUUGACUUAACAUUCUAAGCAAUAUUGUGACGGAGAAAAAUUAACAUAUUUAUUAUGAUUUGGGA